AUGUUUGUUUUCUCAUUGAAGCUGCUUUUUGACAUAUUCAAAGGCACAAUCGGGAUACAAAAGUGUCAAUUGAUUGAUUGUUAUAGCGGUACCGAAUUGACAAUGGCUGCUGAUAAGAUUGAAGAAAGUGAAUUGAAAGUCACUGAACAACCAAUUGAAAGUGCUGGUGAAGGCGCUCCUUUAACUAGAAAAAGAACUAGAGAUGAUGUUGAAGAAGAGGAAGACAAGAAAGAUGAAACUGAAAAUAAUCCAGAAGAACGUCCAAUAGCUCAAGUGAAGCGUAGAAAAGAUACUUCUGAUGGAAAGGAUCAAUUGCCAACUGAAAGUAAAAGUGAAGAUUCUGAACCAACCAAAAUUAGUGAAGAUACAUCCAAAGGGGAAACAAACCAUACAACUGCUAAUGAUGAAAUAGAGAAUAAAGAUAAUGAAAGUGAGAAGACUGAAGAAUCAAUUCCAAAAGAAUCCACAACAGAAUCCCCAGAAGAAACAAAGGAACAAUCAGAUGAUAAAGUUGAAUCAAAAGAAGAAUCAAAGAAAGAACAAGAAACAGAAACCAGUGAAACAAAACCUAAAGAAGAACAAAAACAACCUGAAAAACCAAAAUUUGUCUUUGGUUCAACAACUUCAUUUGGUGCCAAUGCAUUUUCAUUACUUGAUAAAAAGAAGAAUGUUUUUGAUAGAUCAUCAUCUGAAUCACCAAAACCAUCUGGUUCAACAACUCCAUCAGUAUUUGGUUCAAAUUCUAAAUUUGGUAAUGCAUUCCAAUCAUCAAUAGCUAAGAAGAACAUUUUUGAUAAAACUCCAGAAGAACAAACAAAAGAAAAAGAAGAAGUUGAAAAAUCAAGAGAAACCACACCAUCAAUAACAGGAAAUUUAUAUAAACAAGUUGAUUUAGAGAAGAAGGAAAUUAAAUCAGGUGAAGAAGGUGAAGAACAAGUAUUUACAUGUAGAGCUAAAUUAUAUGCUUUAGAUUUUGCAAAAGUUUCUGAAGGUUGGAAAGAAAGAGGUAUUGGUAAUAUUCAUGUUAAUAAAGCUUUAGAUACAGAGAAAAAAUCAAGAAUUAUUAUGAGAUCAAUUGGGUUAUUAAAAGUGAUAUUAAAUACACCAUUAGUUAAAGGUUUAGAAGUUAAUAAAGGUAUGCCAAGUUCUUUAGCAAGUGAAAAAUUCAUUAGAAUAACCAUAGUGGAAGAUGGUAAACCAAUGCAAUAUGCUUUGAAAACUGGUAAUCCAGAAACAACUACAGAUCUGUUUAAUGCUAUAGAUGAUUUAAUUCCAAAAGAUGUAUAA